AUGGCAGCGGCACCCGUGUUCCUCCGAUUGCUGGGACUCCUAGCGUUGAUUGUGUCCACCGUCGUAGUUGCGGACCAACGGCCGAUUAACUCCGAAGAGAUAUCUCCCGCGUUCUGGGAGCGUCUGGCGAGGCAACGCUUCCAACAAAGUCGAGGCAUUUUCGGUGAUGGUUUGAAAACACGAGCCAGAAAUGUGAUCCUCUUCCUGGGCGAUGGAAUGGGCGUGCCAACGGUGUCCGCGGGUCGAUUCUACAAAACAGAAGUCGGUGGUCAGUUGGGAUUGGCGAAUCCGACGCUUGACUUCGAAAACUGGCCGUUCGCCACGUUGUGCAAGACCUACGACCUGCAAACAGUCGUAACCGACUCCGCGAGCUCCGCCACUGCCUACCUCGGCGGCACAAAGACGUCGACGAAGAUGCUGGGGGUGACGGGCGCCGUCAAAUUGAAGUCGUGUCGCAAAUACCUCCCCGAGGAGAAGGUGGACUCCGUGUUGAAGGCGGCUGUGCGGGAGGGUCUGGCGACGGGCAUCGUCACCACUUCCAGGGUCACCCACGCCUCACCCGCUGGUGCCUACGCACACGUCGCCUCGCGAGGCUGGGAGUCAGACAAGAAACUGAAGGCGGACUGCAAAGGCGCGAAGGACCUUCCACUGGACAUUGCUCGACAACUGGUGGAAGAGAACCCGGACGUCAACGUGGUGCUCGGUGGUGGAAUGCGCUGUUUCUAUCCAGAGGGACGUGGCGAGCGACUGGACAAUCGCAGCGUCGCGGACGAGUGGUUGAGCAUCCAGAUAAUCAGGAGUCGUCGAGCCAAGCUCAUCACCGACCCCUCCAAGUUCCUCUCUACCGACUUCUCCAAGGUGGACUACCUUAUGGGCCUCCUCUACCCAUCGCACAUGCCGUACGACGGCGAUCGCAAGGACGGCGACCCGUCACUGGCGAACCUCACCGUGGUGGCUUUGGAGAUCCUCAAGCGUCAACCCAACGGCUUCUUCCUCUUCGUCGAAGGCGCUCGCAUCGAUCACGCGCACCAUGACAACAAGGGGAAGAAAGCACUGGAAGAUCUUCUCGCCUUUGAAGAGGCCAUUCGUGAAGCCGUGAAGAUGGUUGACCUAGAGGAGACCUUGAUCAUCGUUACGGCAGACCACUCACAUUCCUUCACUCUUGUUGGCCAACCCGGACGAAGUGAAAGCCUAUUGGACAGGGACACUUCGUAUGACUUUGCAAUUAAGGACGACAAAGGCAUGCUUCCAGUGAUAUACGCAUCAGGACCGGCUGCAGCGGUGAACGAGACGCGUCGAAAUGUGUCCAGUCUGUCGAACGAGGAGUUGCACGAUGCAGACUUCCGGCAGCCGGCACUGGUGCCGAUUCCUUGGGCGACGCACGCCGGUGAAGACGUCGGCGUCUACGCCGUUGGACCUUCCAGUUGGCUGUUCCACUCCACCGUGGACAAUACCUUCGUGGCUCAGGCAAUGAAGUACGCCCUAUGCCUCGAACCCUUCAAUCUCGAAGUGCAUUGUGCGUCUAGUCGUCCAAUGGCAACAGCCCUCCUUCUGCUAGUUGUCUAUGUAGUACUUAGAAACUAUUAG